GAUCAGAGACAUACCCACAGGGGAGACUACCUCCCUAGGGAGGGAGCCAGGAAAUUCACAGCUCCAUGUAGCUCCACGGUGUUACUCUAGAAGGAUCACCAUGAAGAAGGUCAAAAAGAAAAAGUCUGACUCCAGGCGCCGCAGGAAUUCCAUUUCACCGCAGACUAGCUCCGACUCCUCACAGCAGCCCAGCUCAGAAACCCCGCCGUCAUGUCCAGAGCCCGCCUCGCCACCACCGCAGCCACAGCCUUGCCAGGAGUCCACCCCACACCCUGAGCCUAAACCACAAACACCACAACCUCUCCCACCUCCAGAAAAACGUACCUCAUCUCCAUGCCUGGUACCCAUGGAACCUAAACCAACCAGCUGCAGGAAAGCAGCGCCUCUGACUUACGUGGCUCCUCGCUCCUGCCCCUGUGUGGCCUGCCCGGGCAGCUCCGCUUGCUGGCGUCGUCUGGGGCUUUGCCAUAGCCGAAUCUUUGAUGUCCUUCUGCCUCGGGACUGGUCAUCCAUGCCAGGGAGAGGAUUCCCAAACCUUCUCACCUUCUACAGAAAACCUUCAAGGAAAUACUGCACUUCCCGUAACUAUCGUGCUUCAAGCUCUCGGAACUGUUGCUGUGGCUCUGGGAGCCCUGGGAGCUGCCUACUUCAUGGCUGAAUCCUUGUGAACUGAACCCCAGGCCCACAGUCCGGCAGCGUUCUCCAGCCUGUACCAAGGACAUGCUGCCUAUGAUUCUUUGGAAUGUGUGUGAUUUCUGUCACUGACCAUUUACAUUACAUCAUCUCUGAAUAUGAGGAUGUCUUCCAUCACCACUCCUGUCUCACCUGAACCUAGAAGCAGAGCCCCAAACAAGGACUGAAUGCACUAAAUACCUAGAGGAAGUACUCUUGGGACAAAGCAGUUAGGAGGCGAGAGCAAGAGGGAAAGGAGGAAGAGAAAGCUUCAGCCUGGCCCUAUGGAGUCCCAGAAUGUUACCUGUACAACAGAUGCUCUCCCUCAAGAGACACAAGGCAUCCCCUU